AUGAUAUUUUCCUUCACCUCAUUUGGAGGAAAAGUGGAUAGAUCAGUCAAUCAAGGGUCUGGGCCUUACUAUUUUAGAGUAGGUGGGCAGGUUUAUCAUCUAAUGGGUAGUCUUCUGCCAGCUGACUGUCAGACUCCAAAAUUUGCUCAACUUUAUAUAUACGAUACUGAGAAUGAAGUUGAUCAUAGACUGGGCUCUAUAAGUUCCACCAACAUAGAAGAUAUGCUCGAUCCCAAUAUAAUUCAAUCCUUGAAGGAUAUGUUAGAAGAACACAACAGUAUUGCUCAAUCUUUCCGGUAUGCUAUAGACCGAUAUACUGAAGAUAGCUUGAAUGGUGUGAAGUUGAGGCUUAUUCGAAGGCGUAGUAGUGAUGGAAGAGUUUAUAAUCUUCCAUCCGCAUAUGAAGUUGCUGCUUUGAUUGUUGGAGAUAUAGACGGCUCAAUGGGUGAUAGGGACAUCAUUGUUGAAACCCGAAAUAGAGUUUUGCAGCGCUUAGAUGUGCAACAUCCGUUAUACCUUGGUAUACAAUAUCCUUUGUUAUUUCCUUACGAUGAAGAUGGCUACCGUGAUGAUGUCCAGCGCAAUAUUGUUUCCAGUGGAAGAACAAAACCUAGAGCCACUAUCAGCAUGAGAGAAUUCUUUUCAUUUAGACUUCAAACAAGAUCGGGAGACUCUCAAAUUGUCCACCACUCAAGAAGACUUUUUCAACAAUUCUUGGUAGAUGCUUACACUAUGAUUGAGCAUGAACGACUAAGCUUCAUUCGACAUAACCAAGAUCAUCUCAGAGCUGAGUUGUACCAAAAUGUUAUUCAUGCAUUUAAUAGAGGUGAAGAAGCCGCAGCCAAAACUGGAAAGUGUAUCAUAAUACCUUCUUCUUUCACAGGCGGACCUAGAUAUAUGUGGCCGGAAAUUUCGCAGUUCCUAAAUGCUAGAAAACUAAAACCUGAAGAUCGUCCAGAUAUACUUUGCAGAGUGUUCAAAUUCAAAUUGGAUCAAUUGCUUAAUGAUUUAAGAAAGGAACAUUUUCUUAUGUUUAUACCAUCGAGUUUCAAAAGCGUGAUCCUACUGUUCUUGCACCCUUCUGACAAGCCAAAUAGUGGAAUUGAUAUUGAUAGAUUGAUUUCAGCAGAGAUUCCUAAUAAAGAUACCCAUUCAUCCCUAUUCCCUCAUUACAAGAGAAACAAUGAUGGUACAGUUGUCAACAAAAAUGGCGUUGAACUUGAUAAUCGUUAUGUUGUGUCGUAUAAUGCAAAGCUUCUUCUAAAGUAUCAAGCUCAUAUUAAUGUUGACUAUACCUGUCAAAGCAAGGCCAUUAAAUAUCUUUUUAAAUAUAUUCAUAAAGGAAAUGAUCGAGUGACAGCUGCGAUCCAUCAUUCAAAUUCAUUUAGCGAGAGCACUUGCAGGAAUAAUGAGAUUAAAAUGUUUUACGAUUGCAGGUAUGUCUCUGCAUGUGAAGCAGCUUGGAGAAUUUUUGGAUUUGAUGUUCAUUGUAGAUACUCCCUGUUCAUAGAUUGCCAUUUCACCUACCCAAUCAAAAGAGCAUUGUUUUUAGUGACAGAUGCAUGCUAUUCUUUAGGACUUUUGGACGACGACAAUGAGUACAUUGAUGCAAUUACAGAGGCAAAUGCGGUUCUUACGGAAGAGUCUAUAAAAAAUACAACACUUGCUGAAAUUGAUAAGGUACUGCAAAGUAAUGGGAGAUGA